AAGCUCUUUAUUUUUCUUUCCUCAGAAAUGAUCCGUUCAUCGACUCCCUUCCCAUUGGUCAGCCUGUUUUUCAUGUUCAUCGGUUUUGUGUUGAACAACAUUGGCCAUAUUAGACCUCACCAGACAAUCUUAGCCUUUGUGUCAGGAAUCUUCUUCAUUCUUUCAGGUUUGUCUCUGGUUGUUGGGCUUGUCCUUUACAUAUCCAGCAUCAACGAUGAGAUGUUAAACAGGACCCCAGACUCCGAGAGCUAUUUCCACUACAAUUACGGGUGGUCUUUUGCCUUUUCUGCAAUCUCCUUCUUGCUGACCGAGAGUGCCGGAGUCAUGUCGGUUUACCUCUUUAUGAAGAGAUACGCCGCUGAAGAGAUCUACAGACCCCACUCCAGCUUCUACAGGCCAAGGCUCAGUAAUUGCUCCGACUACUCUGGCCAGUUCCUGCACCCAGACACCUGGCCUCGCGGACGCAGUCCCUCCGACAUCUCCAGCGACACUUCCAUGCAGCUGAAUGCCAACUACCCAGCACUGCUCAAGUGCCCCGAUUACGACCAGAUGUCCUCCUCCCCCUGCUGAGUCACGGACCACCCCCAGCAGGAAGCCUCUGAAGCAGCCAUGGUAUCCUGGACCCCACGCCCCCUGGCCAUGGUUGUGAUGAGGACAAUCUUAACACAGAUCAUCAGCUGGGGCUCUGGUUUCUGUAUUAGCAAAGCACAAACUAUCAGCUUAACUGGAAGGGAUGUGGGGUGGAAAAGGUUGGGGGAGUAGGGGGGAGGGGAGGGAAUGUAAAGCUAGUCUUAGUGACAGUGACCAUGAGACUGUCCGCUAAUGUCCUUUAGAGAAUAAAAUCCCCCAUCCUUACCCAGUCUGGCCUACACGUGACUCCAGGCCAUGGAGUCCAGCAAUGGCCUUGUCUCUUAACUACCCCCUGAAACAGCCUCAUUCGGGGCAAUUAGGAAUGUGCAACGAAUUCAGGUCUUUCCCACCACAUGCACAUUCCAAAGAAUAAAGAAAAAUAUUCACACGGUGCACCACAUUUUCAGACAGAUUCUCUCUCUGUAAAGCAGCCUGCUGCAGUUUAGAAUGUCACAUUGUAAUGUAAACGGUGUUUUGUUUUAGUGGUUCCUGUGAUCUGGUCCUGAGCAGCUGACUGACAAGCCACUGAGGUGUCGUGGAGGGAGCAAAGGGGAGUGGGAAUCCUGUUGCUAGGACAACCCUAGUUGCCUUGGGAUAGUUGUUCGGGAUUGACUUUUAGCACAUGGAGGUUGUUGCUAGGUGAGUUGUUGCCUAGAAACAUACAGGUUGGUAUGGAGCAUGCCAUUGUGCUGGUGCUUACACAAAACAUGUUGUCCACAGGCCUGAGAGGAAGUGACAUCAUGGCCCUCUAUUAAUCCCUCCCAUUUCUCCCACGUAACAUGUUUCUGAUUGAUGAAUUAAAACAGCGUAAAUCUUUUCAGUUUAAAAUGCACCAAGAUUUUUUUACUUGGAUAUUAAGAUAAUUCGAAUGUCAUCACUUUCAUCCAGUAGUGUCCUCUGGGUUGGUAGCUGUCCUUGGUUCAGAGCUGGAGCACAGUGAGACUGACAUGGCAAUCCCACUGCGAUCUACCUCUUUCACUGUGUGUUUGGUCACCUCUCCCAUCGUGCCCUUGUUGGACUCAGAGUCAGUUUGUGUCUGAUUACCCUCCUGUGCCAGCCACUGGGAAUGCUGGACUGUCUUGCUAAAUCAGAAGAUGCGAAAUGCUGAAGUUACCAAGACAGUGCAGAUUUGGUCCCCAGGACACCAGGGAGAUGUUUUGUUUUGGGAAUGGGUGGCUGUGGAAACUGAAUGUUUAUAAUUUUGAAAGGCAGCAACUAAAAGUGAUCUUACAGCAUUUAAUGAACAUCUCCCUAAAGGAUAUUAAGUUGUCCAAAUAUAGGUAAAUGCAGAGCACUCUAUGACCAUAAAGCAAAGGGAUAUAAAAUCAAAGAACUGAAAGGUAAAUCUCAGACCGAGGAAGAAUCUACGUUCAAUGUGAUCAAUACUUGGGAAGGGUUCAUGGGAAAACAGUGAGAACAAAAUAUGUCAACCAAGAACCCAAUAAAUAGUGUCUGAAGAAAAUUGUUGAGCGGGAGCACUAUUGCUGUGAGUCUUGUGUGUCUCAUUGGGUAAGAUAGGAUGGGCUGAAUGGUCUUCUUUAAUUUACCAUGAUCAUGUGUCCACUCCACCAUUCUUAACAGCCUUAAGAAAAAUUAUGCCAGACCUGGUAACCCAGUCACCAUGGAAUGUUCCCGCAGAGGAAUAAUAUAUAGGAGCUGUUAAAGAAGAUUCGAGUGACACAUUAAUUUGUAAACCUGCUUAUCGAUCUCAGCACAAUUUGUGCCACCUUCCAAGAGGAAGGUGGCAAGCUGCAACCUUUGUGUUACAACAGUUUGUCCAUUUCAGAAGUGAUCUUUUGGCUGUGAAUUGUGCUGUGUAAGGUAAUGGUUCUGGAAGAGAUCCUGCUGAAGGUGUGUUAAAUCUACCCAAUGAUGUCGCGUGGUCUGGGUGGACAAAAUGCAGAAGUCCUCAUAGAAACGAUGUGUCAACUCUGGUUUCUGAUGGUCUUUGUAAUUAAAUGUAACUAGUCCAUGUAACCUGUAUCUAUUGCUAUGAAGCAAUAAACUAGAUCUUGUGUAAUGUAAGUGCCACUUCACUUUGAGACUCAAUAGUGGUUUAUUCUCUAACAGACCAAUUAGACCAGCCCUUAAACUCAGCAGUGAAAGGAGGAAGGCCUGACUAACUUAUGUAAUGUUUAUUUUAAGAUAAGAUAGAAAAGAGAACUGCAGUCAGCAGUGGUGGUUUAGUGGUGCCAUUACAGUUCAUCCAUUUCCCUCCCACCAGGAGCCAGUUAACCUUUUCAAUGUUCGUUUACAAGAGAAAAAAGGGGAAUUGGUUGCUGUGAACA